AUGAGCUCCCCGGCGAGGUCGACCGUCUCGGCGGCGAGCGGGGGAGCCGUCUCGGCCGCCGAAGACGUCGCCGAUUCAAUCGACGCGCUCUACCGCAAGGACGAGGCCAUGGCUGAACUCAAGUCUGAGGUGAUGGAGGCGCUGCAGAGGGAGGUGAGGUCGCUCGACGACGACAGCUGGAUGUUCGCCGCGCCGCGGUCCCGCAUCAACCUCGUCUCCAGGCCUGGUGCUUACCUGCCCAAGCAACACGGGAAACUCUCGGAGCUGGGGCAAGCAUCCAAGAAAACAAGGAACUUCUAG